UGUUUUUCCCUUCUCUGGCUUCUUCUCGUCAUAAAAUCUUGCCUAUUUAAAAACCCUAGACACACAGAGAUUUUUCACUGAAAGGCUUUCCAUUUUCCUCUCUCUCUUUUGAAUUUUAUGUAUCAGGAACAGAAGAGGCUUUCAAUUUGAUGCGGAAUUGAACUGUUUUGAUCGUCGAAGUGUCGGAUUGAAGCUUGAGAUUGGGACAGGGUUCAGUGACCCCUUAACUCACAUUCGAGUAUGAGUACUCAGGGUGUGAAGGUGCCUCCAUUGAGAGGUUAUCGGCGGAGGAAGGUGGUGCUAGACUUGAAUGUACCACCAAUUGAGAACAGGGAUGUAGAGGGAACAUCAAAUCUGCACGGGACACAACAUGUGCAAGCUAAUGAACAGGGGCAGCACGUAACCCCAACUGCAAUUGAUGUUGAGGCUCUUGAUGAUGAUGUCAUUGAAUCAUCUGCCAGGGCUUUUGCAGAAGCUAAAAGCAAUGCCAGAAGGAAUCGUGGCAGAGCUACUGUAGUUGAUCUAGAUUCGGGGCGAGUGGCUGGGUUGCCUAAUAAUAACCGUAGCAGGCGCAUAAGAAUUCCUCCAAACCAACCUGUAAUUAAUUGUGAUCAUUACGUUAAUUUGGAAAGCGGUGAUAACUCAGUGAAAGAGAUUGUUAAACCUCCAGCCCCAACUCUGAAGGAGCCAACAUUCACUUGUCCAAUUUGCAUGGGUCCAUUAACAGAGGAGAUGUCGACAAGGUGUGGGCACAUUUUCUGCAAAGGUUGCAUUAAGACUGCACUAGCUACCCAGAGUAAAUGCCCUACUUGUCGGAAAAGAGUGAUUGUGAAGGAACUUAUCAGGGUCUUUCUUCCGGCAACCAGUUGAUUAUAAGGUUCAUACCCAGCAACUGCCGUGUAAGUUUUCCUUUUU